AUGACUGUAACCAGACCUUUGUCCUUGUCCCACGGGUCGUUGGAAACAACCAUCUUGAUUCCUUCCGACUCCUACCUUUUCUACCAACAGCUCACCUCUGACUUCAAAAAGACGCUCCCUGAACCAACCGAGGGCUUUGCUGACGACGAUGAGCCAUCCUCCAAAUCAGAGCUUUUGACCAAGUUCUUGGGCUACGUCAUCGAAUCCAACUCAAUCGAAGCCGAAAAGGAACUAGCCGUCAAGUUGAUCUUGGACGACUUCGAAACAAGAUAUCUACAGUCCUCUGAUAUCCACACCUUUGCUUCCCAGUUGUUGGCUUCCGAAGAAUACCCAACUACCCUACAAAAGAUUAACAGCAAUCUCAUCAAAAACUACUUCGCAGCUAAGGUUUACCUCAAGGAAGAUUUCACUUCCUCCAACGUCUCCUCCGCCCUCUUGAAAGCUGCCUCAGACGAUAAAGCUUCGAUAUUUGCAAUCUUCGGUGGUCAAGGUAACACCGAUGACUACUUUGAAGAAUUGAGAGAAAUAUACACCACUUAUAAUGGCCUCAUCUCUGGUUUCCUCUCAAAGGUCCAAUCCAAGAUGCAAGAAUUGAUCUCCUCAACUUCCGAUAUUGAUAGAGUGUACACAGAUGGCUUCGAUUUUAUCAACUGGUUGAAAAAUCCUUCUCAAACUCCAAGCACCGAUAACUUGCUAUCAAUUCCUGUCUCAUGUCCUUUGAUUUGUGUCAUCCAAUUGUGUCACUAUAUCAUCACCUGUAAAACCUUGGGUGUCACCCCAGGCCAAUUCAAAAGCUGCUUAAAGGGAACUACUGGUCACUCACAAGGUCUUGUCACGUCUUUAGUUGUUGCAUCUGCUGAUUCUUGGGAAUCUUUUGAUGUUGAAGCUUUAAAGGCAGUUGAAUUAUUGUUCUAUCUUUCUGUCAGAUGCUUACAAGCUUAUCCUUCCACAUCCUUGUCUCCUUCUAUGGUCAGAGACUCUGAAGAAAAUGGUGAGGGUAAGCCAGGUCCAAUGUUAUCAAUCAGAGAUUUAUCUGUUGUUGAGGUCGAGAACUUUGUCAAUCAAACAAACCAACAUUUGCCUUCAGAAAAACACAUCAAAAUAUCUCUUAUCAACGGUGCUAGAAAUGUCGUCGUCAGUGGACCACCUGAGUCGUUAUAUGGUUUGAACUUGAACUUGAGAAAUGCGAAGGCUCCAUCUGGUUUAGACCAAUCCAGAAUCCCUUACUCUCAAAGAAGAUUGAAGUUUUCAUCUAGGUUUUUGCCAAUCCACUCUCCAUUCCAUUCUAAUCUUUUAGCACCUGCUACCCCAAGAAUAUUGGAAGACUUCAAGAAGUCUGGUUUAGCUUUUGACCAAUCUAAGAUGACCAUUCCAGUUUACGAUACCUUCGAUGGUAAAGACAUGCGUGAAUUUUCAGGCUCUCUGGCAGCUAGGGUUGUUGAGUGUAUUAACACGUUAACUGUCAACUGGGAACCUGCUACAGACUUUAAGGCUACCCACUUAGUAGAUUUUGGUCCGGGUGGUGUUUCUGGUUUGGGUGUUUUAACCCACAAAAACAAGGAAGGUACCGGUGCAAGGAUUAUUGUUGCUGGUGUCCUUGAUGCUGCUAAGAGUGAUGCAGAAUAUGGGUUCAAGCAAGAACUAUUUGACAAGAGAACCUCUGCCUUGACUUACGCCCAGAACUGGUUGGAUGAAUUUAGACCAAAAUUGAUUAAGAACAAGGACGGUAAGGUUUAUGUUGAUACUAAGUUCUCUAGAUUAUUGUCCAGAGCACCAUUGAUGGUUCCUGGAAUGACACCAACAACUGUUUCUCCAUCUUUUGUCAUUGCUGCUAUCAAUGCCGGUUAUAAUAUUGAAAUUGCUGGAGGUGGUUAUUUCAGCGAACCAGCAAUGGAAGCCGCUUUGCAAGAGGUUGCUGAAAACGUUACUCCAGGUUCCGGUAUUGGUAUCAAUUUGAUUUACGUCAACCCUAGAAUGUUGCAAUGGGGUAUUCCAAUGAUUAAGAAAAUGAGAGAAAGAGGAUUCCCAAUUCAAUCUCUUACUAUCGGUGCUGGUGUCCCUUCACUUGAAGUUGCCGGUGAAUAUAUCGAAACUCUUGGCUUGACCCACUUGGGCUUAAAACCAGGUUCUAUCGAUGCUAUCUCUCAGUGUAUUGCCAUUGCAAAGGCUUACCCAACUUUCCCAAUUGUUGUCCAAUGGACUGGAGGUAGAGGUGGUGGUCACCAUUCUUUUGAAGAUUUCCAUCAACCAAUCUUGCAAAUGUAUGCAAGAAUUAGAAGAUGCUCCAACAUCAUUCUGGUUGCUGGUUCAGGUUUUGGUUCCGCUGAGGACACUUAUCCAUACUUGACAGGUACCUGGUCUAGAUCUUUCAACUACCCUGAAAUGCCUUUUGAUGGUUUCUUAUUUGGUUCUAGAGUUAUGGCUGCUAAGGAGGCUCUAACUUCUGAAGAAGCAAAGAAACUGAUUGCUUCAUGUCCAGGUGUUUCCGAUUCUCAAUGGGAACAAACUUACAAAAAGCCAACUGGUGGUAUCUUGACUGUCAAAUCCGAAAUGGGUGAACCAAUUCAUAAGAUUGCUACUAGAGCUGUUAAAUUUUGGAAAGAAAUUGAUGAUACCGUUCUAUCUUUACCAAAGAAUAAAAUGUUAGAAGCUUUGGAGAAGAAGAGAGAUUAUAUCAUUUCCAAAUUGAACGCAGACUACCAGAAGCCAUGGUUUGGUAAAAAUAGCGAGGGUGUCUGUGAUGUCAAGGACAUGACUUAUGAAGAAAUUGCCCAAAGAUGUGUUGAAUUAAUGUACAUCAAGAAAUUAGGUAAGUGGAUUGACCCAUCUUUGAGAGAGUUCACUGGAAAAUUUUUGAGAAGAAUUGAAGAGAGAUUUACUACUCAAUCAACCGUUUCUGUUCUUCAAAGCUUCACCGAGUUAGAUGUCCCUGCUCCAGUCCUGAAAGCUGUUUUCAGCAAGUACCCUGAUGCAAAAACUCAACUCGUUAAUGCCGAAGAUGCUGAUUUUUUUAUUGCUUCUUGUUUGAACCCUGCUCAAAAGCCAGUUCCAUUUGUCCCAAUUUUGAAUGACAAAUUUGAGUUCUUCUUCAAGAAGGAUUCUUUAUGGCAAUCCGAACACUUGGAAGCUGUUGUUGAUGAGGAUGUCCAAAGAACAUGUAUCUUACAUGGUCCUGUUGCUGCUCAAUUUGUGAAGAAGGUUGAUGAACCAAUUAAGGACAUUUUAGAUACUAUCCACGAAGGUCACAUUGAGAAAUUAUUGAAGGAUGUUUACAAUGGUGACGAAUCCAAAAUACCUGUCGUGGAAUACUUUAGCUCCAAGCCUGCAUACAAGCCGUCAGAAGUUCCUGGUGUUACUGUUUCAGAAUCUGCCAAUGAAAUUACUUACAAAAUUGGUUCCACUGUUCCAGAUGCUGAAAAGUGGUACACUCUAUUAGCCAGCGACGAAUACAACUGGAGACAUGCUUUUAUUUCUUCCAACAUUAUUGUUCAAGGUUAUAACCAUGUUUCUAACCCAGCUAAGAAAGUUUUAGCACCAGCUAAAAACAUCACUGUUAAGAUUACCAAUUUUUCUGACUCAUCCAAGAGCACUAUUUCUCUCUACAGCAUUGUCAAGGGUAAGGAGAGAGAAGUUGUUAACAUCUCCUUCGACGGCUCAACUAUUAACAUGAAGCUUAUUGAGACCAGAACUGCAGAUGGCGCUCCUGUUCCUUUGGAGCUAUUUUACUCAUACGUUCCAUCUGACGGUUUCGCUCCUAUUUCAGAGGUCAUCUCUGGUAGAAACGAUAGAAUCAAAGAGUUUUACUGGAAGGUCUGGUUUGGCAUGAAAGAGCCAAUUGAUUUUGAUUUCGAUGUCUCCUCAAAGAUUGAUGGUGGGUCAAUGCAAAUCAAUUCUAAGGAUAUUGCUCAGUUAACGCAUGCUGUCGGCAACUCUUGUGAAUACUUUGUUCCAAGAGCUGGUAGAGAUCAGUUAGCCCCAAUGGAUUUUGCAAUCGUUAUAGGCUGGAAGGCCAUUAUGAAAUCAAUUUUCCCUAAGUGUGUUGAUGGUGAUAUCUUAAAGUUGGUUCACUUAUCCAAUGCAUACACCAUUCUGCCAAACUCCGCUCCUUUGAAAGUCGGUGAUAAAGUUUCCUCAGAUGCUGAAAUUGUUUCUGUUGUAAAUGGUCCAACCGGUAAAACUGUUGAAGUUGUUGGUACCAUCUAUAGAGAUGGUACUCCAGUGAUGCAAGUUACUUCUGCAUUCUUCUACAGAGGUUCUUACGAAGACUUUGAAAAUACUUUCGAAAAGACUGAAGAAACACCAUCUCAAGUGACUAUUUCUACCGCCAAAGAUGCUGCGGUUUUAAAGUCUAAGGAAUGGUUCCAUGUCGAAGACAACGUCGAAUUGCUAAACAAGAGUUUGAUCUUCAGAUUGAAGUCUGUUUACAAAUUCAAAUCUGCCAACGUAUACUCUCACGUUUCUACUACUGGUAACGUCUACUACGAAUCCCCUACCAAAGAAAUCAAGAAAGCUGCUGAGAUUGUAUACAAUGCUGCCUUCUCUUAUGGUAACCCUGUCAUUGACUACUUAACCAGAAACGGUACUCUAAUUGAGCAACCAAUAAUGUUUGAAAAUCCAAUUCCAUUAGCCCGUGCUUUGGAAACCAAGGCACCUAUUUCCAACGAAACAUAUGCUGCUGUCUCUGGUGAUUUCAAUCCAAUUCACGUCAACAGAAUAUUUGCUGCUUAUGCAGAUUUACCAGGUACCAUCACUCAUGGUAUGUACUCUUCUGCUUCUGUUAGAUCUCUAGUUGAAAUGUAUGCUGCCGAUGCUGUUGCACCAAGAGUUAUUGCUUAUAAGGCAAAUUUCACCGGAAUGGUUUUACCAAAUGAUGAGUUGACCACAAAAUUGGAGCAUAUCGGUAUGAUUAACGGGAGAAAGAUUAUUAAAAUUGAAACCAAAAAGGUCGAAACCGACGACGUCGUUUUAUCCGGUGAAGCUGAAAUUGAACAACCUGUUUCAACUUUUGUUUUUACAGGUCAAGGUUCUCAAGAACAAGGUAUGGGUAUGGAUUUGUAUGGCUCCUCGGAAGUUGCUAGAAGCGUCUGGGACAAGGCUGAUAAGCAUUUGAUUGAAACCUAUGGUUUCUCAAUCUUGGAUAUUGUGAAGAAUAAUCCUAAUGAAUUGACUGUUCAUUUUGGUGGUCCAAAGGGUAGAACAAUCAGAGAGAAUUACAUUUCUAUGAUGUUCGAAACCAUUGCUGCUGAUGGCAGUCUAAAAUCUGAGAAAAUUUUCAAGGAUAUUGAUGAGAACACAUCUGAAUUCACGUUCAAAUCUCCAUCUGGUCUAUUAUCAGCUACCCAAUUCACUCAACCUGCUUUGACAUUGAUGGAGAAGGCCGCAUUUGAGGACAUGAAAUCCAAGGGUUUGGUUCCUGCCGAAUCAAUGUUUGCUGGUCACUCAUUGGGUGAAUACUCUGCAUUAUCUUCACUUGCUGAUGUGAUGCCAAUUGAGUCUUUGGUCGAUGUUGUCUUCUACAGAGGUAUGACCAUGCAAGUUGCUGUUCCAAGAGAUUCAUUGGGUAGAUCGAACUAUGGUAUGUGUGCUGUUAACCCGUCAAGAGUCAGCGCUACAUUCAAUGAUGCUGCUUUGAGAUUUGUUGUUGAGCACAUCAGUAAACAAACUGGCUGGUUAUUAGAGAUUGUUAACUAUAACGUUGAAAACCAACAAUAUGUUACCGCUGGUGACUUGAGAGCUUUGGAUGCUUUAACUAAUACGUUGAAUGUUUUCAAAUUGCAAAAGAUUGACAUUGUUAAACUACAAGAGAUAAUGCCAUUAGAAAAGGUUGCAGAACAUUUAUCUGAGAUUGUGGACGAAGUCUCCAAAAAAUCAUUAGCCAAACCUCAGCCAAUUGAAUUGGAAAGAGGCUUUGCUUGCAUUCCAUUGAGAGGUAUUUCUGUUCCAUUCCAUUCAUCUUACUUGAAAUCUGGUGUUAAGCCUUUCAAGAGAUUCUUAGAAAAGAAAAUACCAAUGUCUGCUGUAAAGCCGGCUUCCUUGAUUGGUAAAUACAUUCCAAACUUGACUGCUAAACCAUUCCAAUUGACCAAGGAAUAUUUCCAAGAUGUUUACGACCUUACAGGAUCCGAAAAGAUCAAGGAGAUUUUGGACAACUGGGAGCACUACGAAGCAUGA